AUGCUGCAGGGAAAUCUCCCUUUCCAAAGCGAAGAGCGGCCAAGCCCAAAAGUGUGGACUCAACAUCAGCACCUGUGGGAAGGUUUGCGGGCUGCAAUUGAAGCCCGUGAUCGUGACAGUUUCAAUAAGGUGUUUAGGGAUAUUUUGCAUAAUCUCUGUUCCUUCGAGACUUCUUCCGAGACUUCGGGAAAGGCUCAAGAGAUCAACGUUGACAGAUUCGGUCGAAAGAAUAUUUUGUUCACAACAUCCGAAAGACGGUUGGGGCUGAUCGUCGAUGGAAUCGAGCAGGGCGACGAGAUCUGGGUAAUACAAGGAUUGAAUGUACCGGUUGCACUAAGGUGUGUAGGAGAUGGAUUGUACAGUUUGGUGGGAGUUGUCUAUGUUCAUGGCAUCAUGCAUGGUGAGGCGGUGCUUGAUUCAACAGAUGUUGUCGAGUUGAACUUGGUAUAA